AUGCAGGUCGAUGAACACCUCAAAUCCAUCGCAAUUUGCAGUGCCAUUUGGAAAAAAUACUAUUUUAGCAUCCCUGAAAGAAUUCUAUUUGAAAGCGACAUCAAUUUCUACCAAAUUCCCGUUGACAAAAAGGGUUCCGAACUAAACCAUUUGAAAUCCAAAUACUCAAAACACAACCACAAUCUAAACUACAACGAUCUAGAUAACAACAAUAUCAAAAAAAAAAACAUCGUAUCAAGAAAUGAUAACAUCAAAUUAAUGCAAAAAUUAGACAAAAUUUACCUCAAAAAGGGCUUUAAACCAAACGACUUGUCUCUAAAAUUAAACGUAUCUGCUCCAACCGAAGAUUUCACCUACAAACCAGAUCAACUACUAAACGACCUAAACCAAAAAUCACAAAAAACAAAAUUAUCAACUGAAGAAAAAAAUUACAGAUCCUUCUUACAAUACUCAAAAGACUUUCAAGAUCAAGAAAGGUUUUAUUUCACUUUUCCCUUUAUUCAUAUCGAUAAUGACGCCGAAUUGCAUCACUAUAAUUUCCCUUUUAUAAAACAAAUUAUCACCCAUGAUGAAAGACUUCAUGUUAUUCACCAUCUAGUUCGUUCUUGGUUCAAAUUUUGUGAAAACUACGGUAUAGUAACCUGGAUCAAUUACGGCAACCUCAUUGGCUGGUGGUUUAAUGCUCAAAAUUUGCCUUGGGAUAAUGAUGUAGAUGUGCAAGUUUCAAUUCAAGACCUAGAUAAAAUCGGUAGACUAUAUAACAAUUCCUUAAUUGUUGAAAAUCCUAAAAAUGGUAACGCUCUCUUUUGGUUGCAAACUGAUCCAUUUUACCCUCAUGAUGGUUUAGGUAAAAACUUUAUUGAUGCAAGAUUUAUCGAUACUAGAACCGGUAUUUACAUCGACGUAUCUGCUUUAUGGAACACUCCCAAUGAUCCUCCAAAUAAUCUUUACCCAUCUGAUAUGUCAGAAGAUGAAAAGAAAAAACAAGUUGAAGUUCAUUGCAAGCAUUGGCAAUGGUUCUUAUUGACUGAUAUUUUUCCAUUAAGAAGAACUAUUUACGAAGGCGCCCAGGCUUAUAUUCCACGAAAAAUUGAAACUAUUCUCAAUCGAUUUUACAGUGAUAGAGCAAUCACAGAAACUCGAAUCUUUAAACACAAUUACCAAGAAGAUAUAAGUUUAUGGGUUCCAGAUGAAAUAUGUAAUGAUAAACCCAAUGUUGAUCAGAGGUUUGAUGAAAACGGGUUCUUAACAAUUGAAGGUGCAUGCAACAAUAGUCUUUUGAAAUCAGCUUAUGAUACUUCAAAGGAUGCAAUUGAGUUGCAUAGAAAGGAAUUUGAGCUUUACAAAGAUGGAGAUAAGGAUACAUCUCAAUUAUCAAAGAAAGAGUUACCAGUCUUUAGACAAGAUCCAUUUGAAUAUGUAAAUAAUCUAUAA